AUGAAGUUGCUCGUAUCUCUGGGUAUGCCUUACCCUCAAUCGUACACAGUCACAUCAGUGGAUCAAGCGAUCGCUAUCAUUUCCUCUCAUCCGGUGUCGCGUCCUCUAAUUCUCAAGGCGAGCGUGGCACUGGACGACAUCGGUCGCACCGAUUGGACGUUUUAUCCCAUACAAGGCGACCAUUCCUGCACCCUUACCCGCAAGAAGCUCAACAACUUGCCUAUUCCGAUAAGCGAACACGAGCCAUUUCUUCUACAGGAGUUCAUCCGCGGAGCCGAAUACUGUACUCACGCUCUCGUUGUCGAGAACCAGCUCCGGGCGUUCGUCUGUUGUCCAUCAAGCAACAUGGUUAUGCGCUAUCUGGCCGCCGAAGAAAACAUCAGCAAGAAAGCAGAAGAAUGGACUACCGAUUUUCUUGCUGCGUACUCCAAGGAGCGCCCCGAAGCUCCAUUCACUGGGCACCUCUCGAUGGACUUCAUCCACAGGAAGGAAGAUGACAGUCUCUACCCCAUCGAAUGCAACCCACGUGUUCAUACUGCCGUAUCGCUGCUCGCACAAGACACAGCUCUUGUAGACGCCUAUCUUUCUGUCUUGCCGAGCUGCGAUCAAGAAAGGUCGGACUACCAACAACCUAUGGUGCACACACAGCCAGACACAAGUCCACUCUCCUGGCACGGGCAUAUGUGGUUCACUGUAUUCUUACCCUACUUGUUUCCCAUCCUGACCCGGAUUGGCCUGCAUCCAACCUUCGAUUAUAUUGUUACUGACGAGGAGGCGAAAAGCCAGCUCCCCUACACGGAUGCGACCUGGGAUCCGGAUGAUCCUUGGCCGUUCUUUGCUCUGUACCAUGUGCAAUGGCCGUGGUACUUAGCCAGGUUUUUGGUCAUGAGACGACAUAAGAGGUGGAACAGGUUUAAUGUUAGUACAGGGACGAUGUUUGAGUGCUAA